AUGUCUCCCGUGUGGCUCCGAGAGUUCAAUUCCAGCAAGUGUAUGGUAAUAGGUUACAAGCCCUACAUCACAGGUUACAAGCCCUACAUCACAGGUUACAAGCCCUACAUCACAGGUUACAAGCCCUACAUCACAGGUUACAAGCCCUACAUCACAGGUUACAAGCCCUACAACACAGGUUACAAGCCCUACAUCACAGGUUACAAGCCCUACAACACAGGUUACAAGCCCUACAUCACAGGUUACAAGCCCUACAACACAGGUUACAAGCCCUACGUCACAGGUUACAAGCCCUACAACACAGGUUACAAGCCCCACAAAGGCUACAAGCUCCAGAAAGGUUACAAGCCCCACAAAGGCUACAAGCUCCACAAAGGUUACAAGACCCUCAAAGGCUACAAGCCCCACAAAGGCUACAAGCCACACAAAGGCUACAAGCUCCACAAAGGCUACAAGCCCCACAAAGGCUACAAGCCACACAAAGGCUACAAGCCACACAAAGGCUACGAGCUCCACAAAGGUUACAAGCUCCACAAAGGCUACAAGCCCCACAAAGGCUACAAGCCCCACAAAGGCUACAAGCCCCACAAAGGCUACAAGCCUUACUGUGGGCUCCGAACACAAGUUACGAGCCCAUAA